CUAAAUACACGUAAUCCUAGUUAUUGUUAAUCUUGGUGUGUGUCGUAAAAGUCUAUCAUAAUGCCGGAAAAUACCGAAAGUAACAAAAAAGCUGUGGAAUCCUUUGAUCCAAACUCGCUUCAGGAUCUGCUUCCGAUAUAUUAUAAACGAUUGUUUCCGCAUCUGCAGUUUUACCGUUGGAUGUCCUAUGGGCUGUCGGAAGCUUCAGUGUUCACAAAUCGGGAAUUUUCGUUCACCCUACAAGACGACAUCUACAUCCGAUACCAAUCGUUCGACAGUCAAACCGAGCUGGAAAAGGAAAUUUGUUCCAAGAGUCCGUGCAAAAUCGACAUCGGUGCCGUGUACAAUGUUCGUCCUAAGGAUAACCGAGCCAGCACGGGAAUGAAACCGGUUCAGCGUGAGCUGGUUUUCGAUAUCGAUAUGACGGAUUACGAUGAGAUUCGAACGUGCUGUCAGGAGGCCAAUGUGUGCCAAAAGUGCUGGAAGUAUAUGACGAUUGCUUGUAAGGUCAUCGAUUCUGCCUUGCGUGAAGACUUUGGCUUCGAGCAUCUACUGUGGGUGUUCAGUGGGCGUCGUGGUAUUCAUUGCUGGGUUUGUGAUAAAACAGCUAGACAUAUGGAUACGAAAGGACGUUCAUCGGUGGCGGAAUAUUUGCACAUUUUAAUCAGCGGGGGUGAAGGUUCGGUGACAAGGGUGAGCCUCGGCGAUAGAAUGCACCAUUCUAUCAAGCGGGCACAUAAAAUAAUCGAACCUUUCUUCGAAGACAUUUGCCUUGUCGAUCAGAACACCUUUGCCACUCCGGAUGGUCUUCGUAAGUUGUUGGCUAUGGUGCAGGAUGAAGGCAUUCGUUUGGAGUUAGAUAAGAAGUUGAAGCCCCACGAAGGUGAUUCAAAGGCCGUUUGGAAGGCUUACGUGCAGUUCUUUGAAUCGUUAAGAGUAUCUGGAAACAACAAAGCAAGAAAACUGAAAUUUAUAAUUGAAGAAACUCAACUGGCAUUCACUUAUCCAAGAAUUGAUAUUAACGUAAGCAAAGGUUUUAACCACUUGCUGAAGUCUCCGUUCUGUGUGCACCCGAAAACGGGAAAGGUUUGCAUUCCAUUCAAUCCCAACGUUGCGGAAAAGUUCGAUCCCACGCAGGUUCCAACUAUCACUGCCUUGUUGAACGAAGUGAACGCGUUCGAUGAAAACAUAAGAGCGGACGGUCAAGAGGAACGUUCACGUAUCAAGGAUUAUAAAAAGACCAGCAUGUUCAAGGGUACCGUUAUAUUUGAAGAGUUUUUACGCAAACUGGAGCAAUCCUUCAAAGGGAAGGCUAUUAUGGUUAGCGAUAAGAAAAUGGAAUUUUAGUUUUAU